AUGGCAUGGUUGGUUCCCGGUGGAUUGGAAAGAGAAUGGAAUUUGGUGGUCCAUCGUUCUCAACGAGUCCGAUUCCGUCAACAGCGCAUGCUCCUUGGUUCGUUCUCGUGUUCUCGCAGACGAAAAUUACCUGAAAUUGAAAUUACACUUUUACUCCACAAAAUACAAACAUACCUUAUCAGUUCCCUUUGGACACUUGAAAGAGGCAGUCUUCCAAGCACGGUCAGCAACUGUUACAAACUUAUCGGAGCUGAAUGGACAGCUCUCGAUAGUCGAGCAACAUCCCUUCAGCUGAACUCCGUGUGUUCCUUCAUAAUAAUGGAAUCGGAUUCUCGAUUGCUCGGUGAAUGGCUCGACGGAGGCUUCGAGUCCGGCCAUUUCUCUUGGGAAGAGGAAUGUGGCGGCGUAGAACUCGCCUUCCGUGCUCUCCUUGAUUCCGGUGACUCUGUUCAUGAAUUGACCAGUGACAACGUUGAACUUCGUGGUGAGGCCACGAAUGGAUUGAGUGCAGCGUUUCCAUUCUCUCCUCCUUCGAAUGAUCCGCCGAAGUUAGAUCCAGCUGUUCCAGCACCUCCGGCUCCAGCGGCUCCUCCUGCUCCUCCGGCGCCACUUCUUCCUCUGAAUCCCUUGGAUCCGAAUCUUUCGGUAGCUGACACAAUCUUUCCUUCUGCAGAUGAUCCUUGCACGUUGAUUGCUUGUGUCGGCGUCUUUCCAGCAGCAGCAACACGAGCCGCCGCGGCAGCAGCUGGCUGA